AUGCGAUCUAAGACUAAUGUAUCAGAUGUUGGGACGAGAAUCUCCAAGCUCUCUCGGGAUCGUGGCCUCUGUUUGAGGAGGCAGAGGCAGGUUCAGUUUCAGCUGUUCUCGAAUUCGGCGACGCCGUAUCUGCUGCUCCGCAACCACAACAACAACAAGGACUCUAUAAAGAGGCUGGUGAUGAGCAUUGAUCUGUUCGAUCCGAGGAAGCAAGAGACGGUUAAGAUCUCGGAGCAGAGGGUGUCGAAGGAGGUGCAUGAGUCGGUGUCCAUAGCAUCGACUAAAAGGAUGGGUGUGCCUGAAGAACAUGCGCGAUUCCAGUUUACGACUAACCAAUGUCUUCAACCUUGCCUCGUCCGUUGUAUCCCUGCCUCCUGUGGAUGUCGACAGAGCUCAAGUUUUGCGUAUCUGUCUCUCAGCCUCCCCAGACGAGGAAGGAGGAGACUGUGUGGUGCCAUGGUGGCCGUCACUUUCUCUGCCUGUAGUAUGCUCGGCCUAUGUCGCCCUGGUGACUCGGAGUAG